CCCCGUUACGAUGUCGGCGACGGGGCCCAUCAGUAACUAUUACGUGGACUCGCUCAUCUCGCACGACAAUGAAGACCUCUUAGCGUCCAGGUUUCCGGCCACCGGGGCUCACCCCGCCGCCGCCAGACCCAGCGGGCUGGUGCCGGACUGUAGCGAUUUUCCGUCCUGUAGCUUCGCGCCCAAGCCGGCCGUGUUCAGCACGUCGUGGGCGCCCGUGCCCUCGCAGUCGUCCGUGGUCUAUCACCCCUACGGCCCCCAGCCCCACCUCGGCGCCGACACGCGCUACAUGCGGACUUGGCUCGAGCCGCUGUCCGGCGCCGUCUCCUUCCCCAGCUUCCCGGCCGGGGGCCGCCACUACGCCCUCAAGCCGGACGCCUACCCCGGGCGCCGCGCCGACUGCGGCCCGGGCGACGGCCGCAGCUACCCGGACUACAUGUACGGCUCGCCCGGGGAGCUGCGCGACCGCGCCCCGCAGACGCUGCCCUCGCCCGAGGCGGACGCCCUCGGCGGCAGCAAGCACAAAGAAGAGAAGGCCGACCUGGACCCCAGCAACCCCGUGGCCAACUGGAUCCACGCCCGCUCCACGAGAAAGAAGCGCUGCCCCUACACCAAGUACCAGACGCUGGAACUGGAGAAAGAAUUUCUCUUCAAUAUGUAUUUAACCAGGGACCGUAGGUACGAGGUGGCCCGAGUUCUCAAUCUCACCGAGCGGCAGGUCAAAAUCUGGUUUCAGAACCGGAGGAUGAAGAUGAAAAAGAUGAAUAAAGAGAAAACCGACAAGGAGCAAUCCUAAAGCCCUGUCCUACAGCCUGCUGCCUGGGCACAGCCAAGGAAAAACAAAACAAAAACAAAACAAACAACAACAACAAAAAACCCACACACAAAAAAAUUAUACCCCGGUCCUGGCGGGAGAAAGCACGAGAAAAAGCAAAAAAACAAGCUAGAGAAAAAAGCAAAUCAGCUUAAAAAGGAAAAAAAAAAAGAUGAAGGGGAAAAGGAGCUACUUUGGCGAUUGGGGAGGGUUCAGUGUUGAGAAAGUGUUUUAGAGUUAGUUCUGCGCAGUCAGGAGGAGGUGGAGAGAGACCCUUCUUCUCUUCCCCCCAGCGCAACUGAAAUAAACGACACACACAAAUGUGAUUUUUUUCCUCCUUUCUUCAGAAGAAGCCAGUACUUGAAUCAAUCUAUUUCUAUUUUGGCCCCCUGUAUUGUAUCUGGUCCAGGCCACCCCUUCCCUGGCCUUGGACGCGCUGCGUUGCAAAUUUUGUACAAAAAGACACCCCCCCACACACACCCACACAGACACACCGACACAGACACGCGCUUCGCGGCAGGCCCAGGAGCUGCGGGGCGAGCGGGCGAGCGAGCGAGCGAGGAGGGCCCGGGUCGGGCGGCGGCAGUGGUGGCGGCGGCGGCGCGCAGGCCGGCGCCUCGGGCGUGUACAUAGCAGCUUCCUCUCCCCGCCAGCGUCCGUCCGUCCCUCACCAGCGUCCAUCCUGUAAUGUGCUUCUGUUUGUUAUGGUUAGAUCGGCUCUGUGUUAAUAUAUCGAAGUCACGUAAAAAAACCAGAAA